CACAAACACGCGCGCGGGAACACACGUGCACACCUCUCUCCGCCUCGUUUUGAAGCUGUUUCAUUAAUGAUUCACUGUUGAAGUCGACCUUCCUUCAUGACCAUAAACAAUAAAUCCCUGACUUCAGAUCAGCGGUUCAGUGUCCUCUGAGUCUUGAACAGAGCAGCACUGCCCUCCUCUUCCUCUGCACACAGGUGUGUCAGACACUGAUGCUGGAUCAGUGGGAGUGGAAUGGAUAAUGGCCACGGCAAACUGUAAUCUGCGGUCACCAUCCUCCUCUUCUCAUGAUGAAGUCAACCUGGGACCUUCCGCAAACCCACAUGCCAGGCCCACUGACUUUGACUUCAUGGCUGUCAUUGGCAAAGGGACCUUUGGAAAGGUCCUGCUCGCCAAGCUCAAAUCUGACAGCAAAUUCUACGCCGUCAAAGUGCUGCAGAAGAAAGUCAUCCUCAAGAAGAAAGAGCAAAAGAACAUUAUGGCAGAGAGAAAUGUGUUGCUGAAGAGUCUGAAACAUCCCUUUCUGGUUCGGCUCCACUACUCCUUCCAGACCCCCGAGAAGCUCUACUUUGUCCUAGACUAUGUGAAUGGGGGAGAGCUCUUCUUCCACCUGCAAAGAGAGAGGUGUUUCUCCGAGCCCAGAGCGAGAUUCUACGCGGCCGAGGUAGCGAGCGCCAUCGGCUAUCUUCAUUCCCUUAACAUCGUUUACAGAGAUCUGAAGCCGGAGAAUAUUCUCUUUGACUCUCAGGGCCAUGUGGUGCUGACAGAUUUUGGGCUGUGCAAAGAAGGUAUAGAGCCGGAGGGAACCACCUCGACUUUCUGUGGGACUCCAGAAUACCUGGCACCAGAGGUUCUUCGUAAGGAAGCGUACGACCGGACCGUGGACUGGUGGUGUCUGGGAGCAGUGAUCUAUGAGAUGAUCUAUAGCCUGCCUCCUUUCUACAGCCGUGAUGUGGGUGAAAUGUAUGAUGCGAUCCUCCACAAGGCGCUGCCGCUGCCUCCAGGGAAGUCUGAGGCCGCCUGCUCUCUACUGGUGGGUCUCCUGCAGAAAGACCAGCACAGACGCCUUGGGGCCAUCGCCGACUUUUUAGAAAUAAAGAACCACAUCUUUUUUUCUCCAAUCAACUGGGACGACCUUUACCACAAGAGGAUCACUCCUCCUUACAACCCGAAUGUGAAAGGCCCAGCUGACACUCAGCACAUUGAUCCAGAGUUCACCAGAGAAAUGGUCCCUAACUCAGUGAGUCGGACCCCAGAGUUGAACGGUAGCAACAGCUCCAACAACGCCUUCAACGGGUUCUCCUUCGUCGCCACAGAGGACAGCUUUCUGUGAGGCGGGAGUCACCUUUUCAAGCAUCUGAUUAUUUUUAAAGGACUGAUAACACCUCUUUUGGGUCUGAUGUAAAUAAAAGCUCCUCCUUUAUAAUAGCAGAACACUAACAUGGCAUAUAUGCAUCUGCAUGGUUCUCAUAAAUUGUUCUUCUUGAGGAUGUAGCAGAGGGGAAGCAUGCCAGCAAUAGACAUUUCAGAUUAAUAUAUGUACAACUUUUUACAUGUAGGUCCCAGUUGUGUUCUAAGAGAGAUAGCAAUAUUAAUGUGUUAUAUCAGGUUUGCAGGAAGUAGGAUCAUUUUAAAGAUGCAUUGCAAAUCGUUUUUAUCCUCAUAAUUUGAAAUGUAACUAAGAGUAUGUUUUAUAAAUCCUGUGUACAGCCAGACUUCGCAUUCCAUUUUUCAGAAAAGGGUACAGACGCACACACAGGCUGAAUUUCCCAGGCAUAAACAUAAAUGGGAGUGCUCUGCAAAUCUUUUGCAAUUUCAGUAACCCCAGGUUUUGGUGGAAACAGCUACAAGAGUUGUGAGUGUGAUCCUCUGAAGGAUUAUAGUAUAAUAAUAUUAAUAAGGAAAAUAUAAAUAAUAAAUGUGUAGGUGAUUCGAUUUCACUGGGAAAAUGCUGCAUAGCUUGCACAAACUGCAAUUUUUCAUUGUUGUUAUAAAGGACAUAAGUUUCCUUUCCACUUAUAACAAGAAGGAAGGGAUCGCUUUAAAGUGAGCUAAAUCUUUAAAAAGUAAAGAAGCCCCCUUUUUAAAAUGCAAGUCACUCCGUAGUGUGCAAAAUGUUUAUACUGUUGACAAAGGGUUCUCUGUAUUGUAACUGGGGAACUGGGAAAACAAUAUUGUAGGAAUAGCAGACAGUGAUUUGUUUUGUUUCAUGAUCUAGCUAAUGUUCUGGUUAAAUGAUGUACUAUAGUAAUGUGAUUAUUAUUGAUGGAGACCUCUCUGCCUUGGAAAUGAAGUUGGUGAUUUAAGGUGCUUGAAAUUGGCAGUAAUGGCUAUUGCACUUGUACAUUACUAUGUCAUUUAUAUACAUAUCGUUAAAGUCUUGUUUGUUCAUCCAACGUUAAGGAAGCUAUUCCCUUCAAAUUCCUGAUGAUAGUAUGUUCCUCUGUUUGGUAUUUGCAUAAUACUGUAUGAAAGGCUUUUCAAUGAAAGUACACACUGGAAAAGAAGGUUUAAUUUCUUCUUCUAAAUGGUCUUUUCUGAGUUAACAGUAAAUUAACUCAGAAAAAUGCUGCUCCGACCCUCUUUGUCCACCAUGUGCCUUCUCAAACUGUAACCUUGCAUGCCAAGCUGUUGUUCCCUGACUGAUCCUAUAAACAGAGAGGAGGCGGGUCAUGUGUGUGUGAAUGUGUGUGUGCAAGUUUUUAUGCAAGUACAUGAUGUGUUCAUAAAUCAAACUUCAGUCAAAACAUUUAUGUUUUCUUUUUAAUGAGCCAUUCGACUUGUGUUCAAAACAGAAACAAUGUUUUCGGUAUUCAACCAAUCCAAGUCCUGUUUUCUUAAAAACCCCUUCACCUAAGUGAUGUCCUGAGUGAACUUUGAAUCUAGUGAAUUCAGAUUGCUGAUUUCACAUAAAGGGAAUGUUGCAUCAUUUAUAGUUCACUAAAUGACUAGUGGAAAGUACUUUCCAUGAACAAUUCUUUAUUCAUCUUAUCUACUCCAUCUUAACCUUGUUUUGUUUGUUAUUUGUAGAUAACUUUUCAUCAAAAACAAGAUUUGCUUCUAAAUCAGAAUGUAUUGUUCACUGAGUGUGAAAAAACACCUUCCUAUGUUGUAUAAUCAUGUCAUGAUGGACAUUGUCUCGUUACAGACAGAAAUGUUUUUAAAGGUUGAUGUUUCUUGAUGAAUAUAAAGCCCCAGAGCACUACAAUAUACACAAUUACAAUAAAAAUGCUCCUCCCACAUAAAUGUAAAAGUGAUUACAUGUAGCACUAAUAAGCAAUUUAACUUGUGUAGCUUUAAUUCAGCUGAUAAUACUUUAAUACAUUGUUGUGGUGCUACUUGUACAAAAGUAAAAGAAGUUCUUCCACCCUUUUAUUGAAACAACUUUCAUAUAAUGGUUUAUUCUGUAGUUGAUUAAAUUAUUGCAACCUUAUUGUCAACCAUCA